GGCUGAUUCCGCUUGCAUCAGCGUGGAUUUCGCGGCAGAAUGAGGUUGUUCGUGAGUCAAGGCUGCCCUGGAAGCCUGCCGGUGCUGGCGGCAGCCGGGAGGGUCCGGGGCCGUGCAGAGCUGCUCAUCAGCACCGUAGGUCCCGAAGAUUGUGUGGUCCCGUUCUUGACCCGGCCUAAGGUCCCUGUCUUGGAACUGGACAGUGGCAACUACCUCUUCUCCACGAGUGCGAUCUGCCGGUACUUCUUUCUGUUAUCUGGCUGGGAGCAAGAUGAUCUCACCAACCAAUGGCUAGAAUGGGAAGCCACCGAGCUGCAGCCAGCUUUGUCUGCUGCCCUGUACUAUUUGGUGGUGCAAGGCAAGAAGGGGGAGGAUGUUCUUGGCCCAGUCCGGAGGGCCCUGACUCAUCUGGACCAGAGCUUGAGUCGGCAGAACAGCCCUUUUCUGGCUGGGGAGACAGAAUCUGUAGCUGACAUUGUUUUGUGGGGAGCACUAUGCCCUUUACUCCAAGACCCAGCCUACCUCCCAGAGGAGCUGGGGGCCCUGCGCAGCUGGUUCCAGACACUGAGUACCCAGGAGCCCUGUCAACGAGCUGCAGAGACCGUGCUCCAGCAGCAGGGCGCUGCGGCCCUCCGGCCCUACCUCCAGAGGCAGCCGCAACCCCGCCCAGCUGAGGAGAAGCCUGUCAGCAAUGAGCCUGAGGAGGAGGAGCUGGCCACCCUUUCUGAGGAAGAGAUUGGCCUGGCUGUCAGCGCCUGGGAGAAGGGCCUGGAGAGCUUGCCUCCGCUCCGGCCCCGGCCGAAUCCAGUGUUACCUGUGGCUGGUGAAAGGAACGUGCUCAUCACCAGUGCGCUCCCUUAUGUCAACAAUGUCCCCCACCUUGGAAACAUCAUUGGCUGCGUCCUUAGUGCUGAUGUCUUCGCCAGGUACUCUCGCCUCCGCCAGUGGAACACCCUCUAUCUGUGUGGAACAGAUGAGUAUGGCACAGCCACGGAGACCAAGGCCAUGGAGGAGGGCCUGACCCCACAGGAGAUCUGUGACAAGUACCACACCAUCCAUGCUGACAUCUACCAAUGGUUCAACAUCUCAUUUGAUAUUUUCGGUCGCACCACCACCCCACAGCAGACCAAAAUCACGCAGGACAUCUUCCAGCGGUUGCUGUCUCGCGGUUUUGUGCUGCAAGAUACUGUGGAGCAGCUGCGGUGUGAGAACUGUGCCCGCUUCCUGGCUGACCGCUUUGUGGAGGGAGUGUGUCCCUUCUGUGGCUAUGAGGAGGCCCGUGGUGACCAGUGCGACAAGUGUGGCAAGCUCAUCAAUGCCGUGGAGCUCAAGAAGCCUCAGUGUAAAGUCUGUCGGUCCAGCCCUGUGGUGAAGUCUUCCCGGCAUCUGUUCCUGGACCUCCCUAAGCUAGAAGAGCGACUGGAGGCAUGGUUGGGGAAGACAUUGCCAGGUAGUGACUGGACACCCAAUGCCCGAUUUAUCAUUCGUUCCUGGCUUCGGGAUGGCUUAAAACCACGCUGCAUAACCCGAGACCUCAAAUGGGGAACCCCUGUCCCCUUAGAAGGUUUCGAGGACAAGGUAUUCUACGUCUGGUUUGAUGCCACUAUUGGCUACCUGUCCAUCACAGCCAACUACACAGACCAGUGGGAGAGGUGGUGGAAGAACCCAGAGCAAGUGGACCUCUAUCAGUUCAUGGCCAAAGACAAUGUUCCCUUCCAUGGGUUAGUUUUUCCUUGUUCAGCUCUAGGAGCUGAGGACAACUACACCUUGGUCAAACACCUCAUUGCUACAGAGUACCUGAACUACGAGGAUGGGAAGUUCUCUAAGAGCCGCGGUGUGGGAGUGUUUGGGGACAUGGCCCAGGAAACAGGCAUCCCUGCUGACAUCUGGCGCUUCUACUUGUUGUAUAUUCGGCCUGAGGGCCAGGACAGCGCUUUCUCCUGGACAGACAUGCUGCUCAAGAAUAACUCUGAGCUGUUGAACAACCUGGGCAACUUCAUCAACAGAGCUGGCAUGUUUGUGUCUAAGUUUUUUGGGGGCGCUGUGCCUGAGAUGGUGCUCACCCCAGAUGAUCAGCGUCUUUUGGCCCAUAUCACCCUGGAGCUGCAGCACUAUCACCAGUUGCUGGAGAAGGCGCGGAUCCGGGAUGCCUUACGCAGUAUCCUCACCAUAUCUCGACAUGGCAACCAGUACAUUCAGGUGAAUGAGCCCUGGAAGCUGAUCAAAGGUGGUGAGGCAGACAGGCAACGGGCAGGCACAGUAACCGGCAUGGCAGUGAAUAUAGCUGCCCUGCUAUCUGUCAUGCUCCAGCCUUACAUGCCCACAGUUAGUGCCACCAUCCAGACCCAACUACAGCUCUCGCCUGCAGCCUGCAGUGUGCUGCCUACAAACUUCCUGUGCACCUUACCAGCAGGACACCAGAUUGGCACAGUCAGUCCCUUGUUCCAAAAGUUGGAAAACGAUCAGAUUGAAAGUUUGAGGCAGCGCUUUGGAGGGGGCCAGCUAGAAGAGUCCUUGGAGUUCAAGGCUAAAGCAUGCUCCAAGCCAGCAGCUGCGGAGACAGUGAAGACAGUUGGGCCACAGCAGAUACAAGUGCUGAUGGAUGAAGUGACAAAACAGGGCAACAUAGUGCGAGAACUCAAAGCACAGAAGGCCGAUAAGAACCAGGUUGCUGCUGAGGUGACUAAACUCUUGGACCUAAAGAAGCAGUUGGCUCUAGCUGAAGGGAAACCCCUUGACACACCUAAAGGCAAGAAGAAAAAGUGAAACACUUGGUUUGCAAAGUCACUUUUAAUGGCAAGACAAUAAUAAAUUAAUUUACAAUCCUUAUA